CGCGGGGCCAGGUGUGUGUCCCGCUGGUACACCUCGUUCUCCCAUGACCCCGCCUCCCGUCUCGUACGUCGACCGCCUGGGCACGACCUACCCGCUCAACUCGCCUCGCUGGUGCGCCGACGCCGCCGAGGCCGACGGCUCUCCCAUGCCGCUCAUGCUCACCGAUCGCACGGGAGGCAUCACCCGCAGCCAGAUAGACGCCUCUGUGCGCUCCCUCUGGCGGUACUCCGCGUCCUUCCCGCUGGAGUGCGCCUCUCCCAUCUCGCUCGGCGAGGGCUGCACGCCGCUCGUCCGCCGCCCCUUCGGAUCCGGCGGCGGCGAGGUCCACUUCAAGUGCGAGUGGUUCAACCCGACGUGCUCGUUUAAGGACCGCGGCGCCAGCGUGAUGCUCUCCCUCCUCAGGCAGCAGGGCGUCACGCACGUGCUGGAGGACUCGAGCGGCAACGGCGGUGCCGCGGUCGCGUGCUACGCCACCGCCGGCGGGCUCGGCGCAACCAUCAUGGCGCCGUCGUCGACGAGUCCGGCGAAGACGGUGGCGAUGCGAGCGUACGGCGCCGAGGUCGAGCUCAUCCCGGGCUCGCGCCAGGCGACCGCCGACGCCGCGGUGGCGGCGCACGGCCGCGAAGGGCGGGGCGGCGGCAGCGUCUUUUACGCGAGCCACGCGUGGCACCCGUUCUUCCUGCAGGGCACGAAGACGCUUGCCUACGAGCUCUGGGAGGAUCUCGGCUUCCGCGCGCCCGACAACGUCAUCCUCCCGACCGGCUCGUCGAGCUGGGCGGGGCCGGGUACUCGGAACGUCAUGGGGUGCGACAUCGGGUUUGGGGAGCUGCUCGCCGCGGGCGAGAUCUCGAGGCGGCCUCGCCUCUUUUGCGCCCAGCCGCUGGCUUGCUCGCCGAUUUGCACCGCCUUCCUCGAGGAGAGCGGCCGCAGCGACGGCAAGCCGACCCCCGAGGAGUGGAACGCGCCUGUCGCCACCAUCGCCGAGGGGGCGUCCAUCGCUCGGCCGGUGCGGCUGCGCGAGACGUGCGACGCGCUGCGGCGCAGCGGCGGAGGGGCGGUGCGAGUGGCGGAGGGGGCGAUCAAGGCAGCGACGCUCGAGCUCGCGAGGAGCGGGCUGUACGUCGAGCCGACUUGCGCGCAGGCCGCCGCCGCCUACCACGAGCUUCUCGCCUCGGGCGCCAUCCAGCCGGCCGAGGUGACGGUGGUCGUGCUCACCGGGACGGGCGUCAAGGCGACGCCGCGCGUGGCCGAGAUCCUCGGGGUCGAGCUGUGA